CUUUAUUCAGUUCGCUCGCCGACGCCGUGGAAUCAGCACACGCACCGGAGACACCCUAACCAAUCAGUACGAUCCGUAAUCCUGCCCGAAGACAACCAAGUAGAGAGCCGAGUCCCAAAGCAGCGCCAUGGAGUUCAACAAUCGUCUUCUGCUUAAAAUCAUCGAGCUGGCCAUUUCCAUCGCCUGCAUCGUGAUGUACGAGGUGGACGGGGCCCUCUCCUCCCGGCCCCUCAUCGUGUGCGGCACCAUUGGCGGCUUCACAAUCAUCUGCGGAGUCUUGCUCAUCGGCCAUGUCAUCAACUCCCUGGUGGAGAAGCGUCUGAACGCCCUCAUCUCCCUGAUUGGCUGCGUCCUCUUCGUGGCCUCGGGAGCUCUGGUGAUCGACGAGUGGCAUGAUGCCAGGCUGCAGACGGACAGGAAGCGCAACGCCAUCGCCGCCGGAUCCCUGAUGAUCAUCAACGGAGCCGUCUUCCUUCUGGACACCCUCUCCAUUUGCCGAACGUAAAGAUCGUCCAGCCGCCGUCCCUCUAUACAUCACUAUAUAUGAUAAUUUUUUUUUUGAACCGAAACUCGAAUAUUUAACUCAUGAAGAAUCUUGAAGAACCCUAAAGAAUCUACUAUAUAUGUAUAUCGCUAUCUUCUAUGUACUGCACGCUAUGUAAAUGUCGUGUACCUUUCGCUUGUGAUCUGUCCGAACCGUGGGCACUGAGAUCCCCCCUCGGGGAGUGUCCCAAAUCCAUAAAAUAUAUACACUGCACACACAUUCUGCUAAAUCACACACAA